AUGACAGUAGCAGUCAAAUUAUUAAUUGUCUGGUCGCUUUCCCUCGUUGUCAGCAGUCCGAUAACCGUACUGGGCAUUCUUGAUGAGACCAAUCUAUUUAUCGAAGAGAUGUGUGUUCUUAAUAAUGAUUUUUUCAUCAUUUACGGUUCUAUCAUAGCCUUUUUCAUCCCUUUAAUUAUCAUGGUUGUCACAAAUGUGUUGACAAUGCAAUUACUUAACGAACAGGCACGACUCUGCAACCAAAAGAGUAAAAUCGAAGGCUGCCCUAUGAUCAGACGUGUUCAGGGCAGUCGAAAAGUCAACAACAAACGAAAAAUUCUCAAUGCGCGUUUUCAGUCGCCAAAGCUGCAAACAGCAGGACAUGCCAAUUCAGCGCCAGCCAGCCGGAAGUGGGCAACGGACAGUAACGAAAACCGGAAGCUUCUGGCUCGCAAGAACAACACUAAACAAAUCAAGAUUGACGUCGAGUCAGAGAUUCAGCCACUUAAUGACGGCAGUGGUGGCAGCGCCGGUGGUAGUUUCAGCGCGAACUCUUCGCCUGCCAGCCCCAGGCCUUCCCGAUUACGCUUCUUGAUUGCAAAGCACAACAUCGCAACUAAAGCGGCUAAUAUAAUGCUUCUGAGGAAAGAUACGUUCAAGGAGAACGCUGUACAAACCGAACAGAAAGCUACCAAAGUCCUCGGAGUCGUUUUCACAAUUUUCGUUGUCAGCUGGGCACCGUUCUUUACAACUAAUAUCCUUACGGUGUUGUGUAAGUGGUGCCGGGUCGACCGCUUGUUGUUCGUUGCCUUUGUAUGGUUGGGAUAUAUCUCAAGUACUUUAAAUCCAAUUAUAUAUACUGUGUUUAAUAGAACAUUCAAAGUGACAUUCAUAAAACUACUUUGUUGUAACUACGAAUCUUUUGGACGACUAAACCGGAACCAAAGCCUCAAAAGUGGCGAAACAACAGCGUAUUAUCAUGGAUUCAGUGGACCUGACAAAAAUAAUGAAUCAUUAUGCUGA